AGUGAAAGAAUGAUGACCUUCAUCUGUGGACUGCAGUCUGCUGCUAGAAAUUGUGUUUUCUUCCGAUUUAAUUCACUAGCCAACUGGAGAAAAUGUAACACAUUGGUAGUAACCUCACCAGACUGUCAUCAAGUACAAAUUAACUGUAUGGUAAAUAAGUGUCAGGGACUGGGAGUAAGUCAGUGUAAUAGGUUGACUUUUCUGCCUGGAAAUUUUAGUUUUUGUAGGACUUUUAAAAACAAAAGAACAGCAUACCUCCCAAGUAGCAAAAGUAAGGAAAUUUGGAUGACUGCCAGCAAAUAUACUGCAUGGAAUGACUCUUGUUCAAGACAGCUAGUGAUAAAAGAAGUUACAGUAAUUCCUGCUCUUUUGCAUCGUCUAAGCUGCUCGCCUAUAAGAGCUAUCAGGUGUUUCCACACUUCUCCACGGUUUCAAGCUGCCCCAGUUCCUUUCUUGUUGAUUAUUCUUAAACCAGUGCAGAAGCUACUUGCAAUCAUUGUAGGCAGGGGAAUAAGGAAAUGGUGGCAGGCACUUCCUCCUAACAAGAAGGAACUAUUUAAAGAAAGUAUAAGGAAGAAUAAAUGGAAGUUAUUCCUUGGUUUGAGUAGUUUUGGAUUAGUAUUCAUGGUGUUUUAUUUUACUCACCUGGAAGUGAGUCCAAUCACAGGAAGAAGCAAGCUACUGUUGUUGGGGAAAGAGCAUUUCAGACUUUUAUCAGAACUGGAAUAUGAAGCAUGGAUGGAAGAAUUUAAAAAUGAUAUGCUAACUGAGAAAGAUGCCCGAUAUCUGACUGUUAAGGAAGUGGUUUAUCAUCUAAUUGAAUGCAAUAAAGAUAUCCCAGGGAUCUCUGAGAUCAAUUGGAUUAUUCAUGUGGUUGAUUCCCCGGAUAUAAAUGCCUUUGUGCUUCCAAAUGGACAAGUGUUUAUUUUCACUGGGCUUUUAAAUAGUGUAAAUGAUAUUCAUCAGCUUUCCUUCCUUCUGGGCCAUGAAAUAGCACACGCAGUACUUGGGCAUGCUGCAGAAAAGGCUAGCUUGGUUCAUUUAUUGGAUUUCCUAGGUGUGAUUUUUCUCACAAUGAUUUGGGCCAUUUGUCCUCGAGAUAGUUUGGCACUUUUGGGCCAGUGGAUACAGUCUAAAUUGCAGGAGUAUAUGUUUGAUAGACCAUACAGUAGAACACUGGAGGCUGAAGCUGACAAAAUUGGACUACAACUUGCUGCAAAGGCUUGUGCGGAUGUAAGAGCCAGUUCAGUGUUUUGGCAGCAGAUGGAGUUUGCGGAUAGCCUCCAUGGUCAUCCCAAGUUGCCAGAAUGGUUAUCUACACAUCCUUCUCAUGGAAAUCGAGCUGAGCAGUUGGACAGACUUAUACCUCAGGCUCUCAAAAUUAGAGAGAUAUGUAAUUGCCCACCACUUUCUGGACCAGACCCCCGAUUACUAUUCAAACUCAGCAUGAAGCAUUUUCUUGAAGAAUCAGAGAAAGAAGACCUAGAUACCACUGUUAAGAAACAGAAAACGGACACUCUUUCUAUUCAAAAACAGGAGCAAAUUCCGUUAACAUACAUAGUUGAGAAAAGAACUGGCAGUUGAAUUAAAAUUUAUGAGACAUAGAGUAUAUGAAGAAUGUAGUAAUCCUUAUCAUUUUUGUUACUUUUUAAAAAAUGAUGUUUGAAAUGAAAAAAAAUGGCUAUUCAAGGUCAAAUCAUGUACAUUAUAGAUAUUAUCUAAAUUCUUUUAGGUAUUUAUUUUUCAUGAAAUAUUGAUGUAUUUUAAUCUAUUUUAAAAUAUCUUCAAUGAGGAAAAUGUCACAGAAUAAAUUUAUAUUACACAUUUUA